GAUGUCCGAGACUCUGUGUUCCAGGUUAACAGAGCCUGAGUAAACAACCAUGGCCGCCGCACUGCGCAGGCUGAUUCCUUCUCUAUCAAACAGCUCCAAAUCAGGAGCGUUUGCUGCGGGGCUGCAACCACCAGCCUCCUCUAAUGGGAGAAAGGCUCUGAAAGUGGUUGCGGCUGGAGCCAUGGCCGCAGCCGGUGCUGCGGCUCUUUACUACGGCUCUGAUGUCGGUGUCGGACCGAAGAGCUUCCAAGCAGGGCUCGUACAUCUGGCGCUGCCGUCGGUCUCUGCAGCCAAAAAGGUAAAGACCUAUGAUCUGGAUGAAGGAGAUGUUUACAUGUCGUCUUUUGAAAACAGAUUCCGGCUCUUCAGCUCAGUAGAGUGUGAAGGCCAGCUCUACAUGACGCCUCUAAACUUCAUUGAGUCAGUCACUCUGAAUGAACCAAGGAGUAAGAGAGGAUGGAGGUCCGUCACUAAAAAGGAAUUAGACAAGCUGCUGUCGGAUACUCCUCCUGUUUGGAAAGGAUCAUCUAAUUUGUUCAGAAAUCUCCGAGAGAGAGGUGCCAUCAGUUACACCGAGUACCUUUUUCUGCUCUGCAUUUUAACAAAGCCUCAAGCGGGAUUCCGGAUCGCUUUCAACAUGUUUGAUGCAGACGGCAACGAAAUGGUGGACAAAAGGGAGUUCUUGGUGUUGGAGGAAAUUUUCCGUAAGAAAAGAGACAGAAAAGAAGUUACUGAUGAUUCUGAAAGACAGGAGCAGAAAAGCCUGCAGCUUUAUGGUCAUCACCAAUCCCAGACACACAAUGUUCGUAAAAAAGACGUCCAGCAUGGGGGGAACCCAGGCAUGUGGGAUGUUCUCAGGCACGGCACGACUCAAGCUCUGUUUUCUGAUCUCAUGGAGCAUGUGGAUGAGAAAACAGAGACCACGCUGCUUGUCCAUUUCUUUGGAAAAAAAGGCAAAGCUGAGUUGAAAUUUGAAGAUUUCUACAAGUUCACGGACAACCUGCAGACAGAAAUGCUUGAGAUAGAGUUCCUCUCUUACUCCAAAGGCAUGCCCACCAUCAGUGAAGAAGACUUUGCUCGCAUUCUUCUUCGCUACACAAAUGUGGACGAUGUGGGCGGGUACAUGGAGAAUGUACGCCACUGUAUACCAGAUGAUAAGGGGAUCAGCUUCGAGGAGUUCAGAUCAUUCUUCCAGUUCCUGAACAACUUGGAGGAUUUCGCCAUCGCCAUGAAGAUGUAUAACUUCGCUCACCGCUCUGUUGGUCAAGACGAGUUCACCAGGGCCGUUUAUGUCGCCACUGGAAUCAAACUGAGCCCCCACUUGGUCAACACUGUCUUUAAGAUCUUCGACGAGGAUCAAGAUGGUAAACUCAGCCACAAGGAGUUCAUUGGAGUCAUGAAGGACCGUUUGCACCGUGGAGACGGGGGUGUUAAAGCGGAGGAAAAGUUCAUCUCUUUCAAAUCCUGCAUGAAGAAGGAGUUAUCAAGAAAAUAGGUGAAGCCCCAGACGCUGCUGCAUGUCUAACGGUGUGGAGGAGUUGUGCCUCUUCUUUCCUCCCUGUCCGGAGCUAAUGCAUGCUGCUGAACCUCAGAGCUCUGAUAAGAGCUUUGAGAAAAAC